ACACACAGAGGAUCACACGAAUGAGCUAAACAUGAAUAUAUAAUCCAUUUUCGCUGGGAAUAUAAUGCCUAAGAAAUUAUUCAUAGAUAUUUCUAAGACCAAAAUGUACAAAUUUUUUCUACAUUUCUUUUUCGAAACUUCAUUUCUAUGGAACUAAUCCUACUUUUCGCAUUGUACAAGUCUAUUAAUAAUAUUAUUAAAUAAAAUACUUGUAGAAUUUUAAUAUGUAAAAUAUUAUUCAUACGUCAUUUUACACUAAUAUUAUAUGUAAAAUGACUUUUUCUAGAAAAUAAAAAGUCUUUUUUUUCUUUAUUGAAAAGCAUGAAAGUUUUACAAAUAAACAUAUAAAAAACAAAUUAACCCAAAUUAGAUAUAUGGCAAUAGUUUGAGAGUUUUUUAAACACUAACGAGGGAAUCUCCCGAGAUGCCCACUCUCGAUUCAAAUGAUUUGUACAUGGAUCGAUAGAUCUCAACGAGGGGGUAAAUACCCUAAAAGGAUUCGGGCCCAUGACUCUUGAAGACCUGAUUUUCUGGAAAACCAGUUUUUCAAGAACUCUAAAAGAGAAUCAAAACCUUUACUUAAUGAGACAUGAUUGUGGCUUGCGAAUUUCUGAUUAAAAUGAGACAUCUCCCAGCUCUACAUGACCUUUCUUUGCAAAGUUAUAGAAUUUACAAGAAAAGCCCUAAAUGUUCACUGUCAGCUCAAAGCUACAGAAAUAAGAAGAAAUUAAUUUGAGGCUUUUCUUGUAAAUUCUAUAACUUUGCAAAGAAAGAUCGUGUAGAGCUGGGAGAUGUCUCAUUUUAAUCAGAAAUUUGUGAGCUACAAUCAUGUUUCAUUGAAGAAGGUUUUGAUUAUUUUUUAAAGUUUUUGAAAAACUGGUUUUCCAGAAAACGGGAUCUUCAAGAGUCACGGGCACGAAUCCUUUUAGGGUGUCUACUAACUUACUGAAGUCUAUAGGUUCAUAUACAAAUCAUUAGAAUCAGAAGGGAACAUCUCGAAAGGUCCCCUCGUAAGUGUAAAAAAAUUGAAUUUAAUACAAAUCACUGACAAACUGCGGCUUUGUGCUUGGACGAUCCUAUGAACUUUCAAUGGCAAUUUAUAAAAAAACUACAAGUAGACAUGUGCACCGAUAAAAAAUUUGCGGCGAUGCUGAAUUAAUUUUUGAACAUCGUCGUUGACGGCGGAAAGCUCUGACUACAAGUAUUUAUUUAAUGGUAUUUAAUAGAUUUGUACAAUGUGAAAAGUAGGAUUAAGUGCAUAGAAAUGAAGUUUCGAAAAGGAAAGAGUAAAUGAAAUUUUGAUCACCAAAUUUUUCAACAUGCAUCUCACAUUUUCAUUUCUUCGUUUAUUUAUUUCUCUUUCGAAUGGGAAAAACCGCAAGUCUUUAGCUCCUGACACUCGCUAUACUAUGUCCAAUGUUGUUGUCUAUUCGAUCGAAUUGCUUUAUUUUAUUCAUUCCUGUACACCAUAUAUAAUAAUUCUAUAAAAGGAGUGAAAUAAAGAGUAGUAUAUAAAAUAUACUUUGUAUCUUAUAUACACGGCAUCGAGUCAAGGACUUGGAAAUAGAAGUCUUCAUAACCUUCUAAAGUAUAAUUCAUUCUACACACUUUGUUUCUAUCUUUUUUUAAUGCAUAGUGCUUUAUGCUUUUAUUUAAUUUUCGAAAAAAUGGUUUAUUUUAACUAUAAAUCUUUUUGACGCUGUAUUAAUAAUUUUCAUGACAUGAUACUAACUGAUGAGACAAUUUGAAGAAUUUUGCCUGGUUUUCGUUUCAAUGUAUUAUCGGCAACAGAAGAAAAAUAGUGUUGUCGUAUGCUUAAACAAAGUUGAUAAUAAAUGUAGAAAAAGUUUGUACAUUUUGAUCUUAGAAAUGUUAUUUUCACUCAUUGAAAUUAAAUAAAUUUGACUAUGAAUAAUUUCUUAAGCGUUAUAUUCCCAGCGAAAAUGGAUUAUAUAUUCAUGUUUAGCUCAUUCAUGUGAUCCUCUGUGUGUAAUAACUCUUUUCACCAUUUUUAAAAGAAAAGUAUAUAUGUCCUUUUAAGGUCGUAAGUAAAUCGGGUCAAAAUGUUUUAAAGUAUUAUAAUGGAAAACAUUUUCUUUUUUUUCUAUAACAACCAUAACCAUUAGACAUACAAUUACAUGUGAUCAUAGGUUCAUCCUUGAACAAUUAUAUUCAAGAAAGAAGAAAUUUCCAAGGUAUUCUAAGUAUGAAAAUUUUUGCUGUUAUAUGUAACGAAAAGUGUAAAACAAAAUGGUGAUUCAACAAUUAUCAAGAUCUCGGUACAAGAACUCAAGGAAUUUAAAGACGUUCAAGAUCUUAGAUUCUUAGAAUUUCUUAAGUUUUCUUAUCAAGAUAUUAAGUGAAGAUCUUAUUGAAAAAAUUCAAGAAGUCACGAUCUUGGUUGCAAGAAGUGUUAUUAUAGUGAGUAUUAUUGAGAAAUAUGUAUUUGUCCAGAGACAAAACUAGAGAAUUAAACGUUGAACAAUAUGAAAUUAUUUCGAACCAACCGACGUUUUAAGAAUUUUGCAUUUAUUUCACUUGUCUUCGAUGUUUAAUUCUAGUUCUUCGCUAUAUUAAUAAUAAGUUCUUGCUCGUAACACAACAUACUGGCUUCACAUUGAAUACUUAUGCUUCUUCAAUCAUUCAUUUUGAUUUAAAGUUAGAAUUGAACCGUUACCAUUUUCUUUUUUUGUAACUUCCAUUCCAACUCGAGGAUCCAAAAGGCUAAUUGAAUUGUAGAAAGAUUAUUUUCAUCUAAGAAUUUGACUAAGAGAAUGUUGCACUUUAGUCUGAUGACUAAAAUUGAGUUCGAAGUCUACAUAAAAUUUGAUGAUAACGUUAUCAUUUCCUUUUUUGUUAUUAAAAUCAAAUAAUUCGAAUCUUCUAGGUAAUACAUCUGGUUCUGCUCCCAGUGUGUAACACGCUAUGCACUAGAUUUCCAUUAUUAUUAACGAUAGUAUAUAAGAUUCCGUGUUAGAUGUACAUUCGCACAUCAUCAAGAAAAAUAAUUAAUCAAAACCAAACGAAUACAGUAGGUAGUAAUAAUAUAUCACACUAAUUUAAUACCUAUUCAAUUUGUUAAAUCUAUAUCAACACAUCAUUAAUUCAACCUUUUCAUUUUAGAGGUACUCAAAAAUAUUAUCAUGUAUUUCUACAAUUUAUUAGUCAUCAUUGGUUGUACAUUGGCCACAUUCAAAUCAACAUUGUCUGCUACAUGUAAUUGUAAUUGUUGUGAUAGUGGAAUUGACUGUCGUCCAUAUUCAUACGGUUUUGUAUCAGUUUCAUCCUGUACUGGUCGCUCAUGUCUUGAAACCUGUUCUCAAGAAUAUCAAGCUUGUUACAAUGCCUAUUAUAAUGAAAUGGGUCGAAUUAAUGUUGAUUGUCAUCAAAGUGGUAGUAGUAUCAGUUCAUCAGCAGUUACACCAACUAAAAGUACUCCACAACGUUCAUCACCAAGUAGUACAAAAUCAGUUAAGCCUACCACAUGCGUGUGUAGUUGUUGUUCUGGCGUUUUAUGUUCUCCAACGCCUCAGUAUUCGUUUUUUGAUGCUGGAUGUACCGACAAGACCUGUCAUUCUCGUUGCAAAUCACUAGAACCAGAUACAUGUGAUAAAUUCUUAGGUACAAAUGCUGCUUAUUGUAGUUAA